CGUCUGUUAGCUCCGGAAUGUCCUCCGCUGAUGUUACGGUUAAGUUGCCCACCAUGGGUUCAGAUAUCAAGUACCCCGACGGCGUGGGCCUCGAGUUGGACAUUCCAAACGCUCAGCGACCCACCGCGCUGCGCACGACCGCCGCAUUUGUCGCUGGCGUCGUGGUCACUUUGACAGCCGUAGCCCAAUACGCGUCAUGGAGUGGGCUGCAUUUAUCUACUAGUCUAAUUGCAGUGCCAGGGACGCCAGAAUGGCACGAUUACCCUGCACCAUCGCCAACCAACGUCUUUCCUUCGGCGUUUCCUAGCGACGUGGGCUACCCAGGACCCACACACCCCGGUGCUGAGCCCGGCGUAGCGGCGACCGCUCCAGCCUACCCGUUACACUCUGGGUCAGCCCACCUUGUACCACCCCCUCAUUUCGCGAAAGGGAAAGGCAAGUCGAAGAAGGACAAGUUCGAUAUUUUCAGACAUUGGGGAUCCCUCUCGCCGUGGUACUCUGUCGAACAAGGCGCUUUCGGUGUAGAUUCUAGUCCAGAAGCUCCGGAGACGUGUCAGAUUACUGGAGUGCACCUCUUGCAUCGACAUGGAGCAAGAUACCCAGCAGACGUCAAGUCUAUGCGGGGCCCAUCCGGCUUUGCUGCACGCCUCCGUUCUGCAAAUGUGACCGCUCGUGGACCUCUUCGCUUUUUAAACGAUUGGACAUAUAAACUUGGUCAGGAAGGCCUCACACCAUUUGGAAGAGCUCAGUUAUUCGACCUCGGCGUCUCUAUGCGGAUGAGAUAUGGUUUUCUUCUCAAGAACUUUACGGCUGCCAAUAUCCUUCCGGUGUUCCGUACCGAGUCUCAGAACCGGAUGUUGUCAUCCGCACAGAACUUCGCGCUCGGGUUCUUUGGAUACCCAUUAGAUAAUCAAUACCAACAGGUAGUCACCAUCGAAGCAAGUGGUUUCAACAAUACUCUCGCACCUUAUCGCUCGUGCCAGAAUAACGCGGACAUAAGCAAGGCUUAUCGCGGUAUCUCGCCCUCCAAUGAGUGGAUAGCCAAAUAUCUCCAGAAGGCUGUCAGGCGACUGCAAAAACACAUCUCCGGUAUAGAACUAAAUGCGAAAGACGUAUUUACCAUGCAAGAAACGUGUGCCUACGAGACCGUGGCUCUUGGUUUUUCCAAGUUUUGCGAACUCUUCACUGAGAAAGAGUGGGAAGGGUUCGACUAUGCUUACGAUAUAAAUUUUUGGUAUGGUGUGGGCCCUGGGUCACCUCUUUCCAGAGCACUAGGAAUUGGCUACGUCCAAGAACUCGUUUCUAGGCUGACCCAAACACCUAUCGAGAUUCACAACAGCUCGACAAAUGCGACACUACACAAUUCUGUUACUUUUCCCCUUGGUCACAGCUUGUAUGUCGACGCCACACACGAAGUGGUUAUCAUAAACGUCCUCACGGCUUUGGGCUUGAAGAGUUUUGCUGAGACGGGCCCUCUCCCCAACGACUAUAUCCCUGAAGGACUUUCGUUUAAGACAUCCCAGAUCGCCCCGUUCGCUGCCAACGUUCAGUUCCAAAUACUCUCCUGCAGCUCCGAACCUGGACCGCAAAUUCGCGUGAUAGUCAACGACGGCGUUGUUCCUCUCAAUGUACUGAAGGGAUGCCCAGUCAAUCAGCAUGGCAUGUGCCCGGUGGAUGCGUUUGUGAGAGAGCAGAAAGAGCACAUAAGAACGACAGAUUGGAACCUUGUUUGUAACGAGGAUUGGGAGGUCCCAGAAGGAUGGAAUACUACCGGCGGAUACCCCGACUGGAUCUGAGCAGUUAAUACCACCGCUGCCUUGGGUUUUUUGGGAGUAGUAGACGUGCUCGUGACGAUAUGUAUGAUAUACCCUCAGUGACACAGCCA